GGCAUCCAACAAUCUCCAGGUGGCCUUAGUCUACUUAGGCCUUCCGCGUCUGUGGGCUUAAAGCCACCGUGGCUGAUACUGCAAACCAUGCAAACACGCGGCAUGCAUCAUCACCGUUUUGAGAUCGUAAAUAUAUGGUUGACUGAUACGUACUUCUUUCUACUCACUUGGUUUGCUUCAUUUCCCCCCCCUUGACAUUCUCUAUUUCGAUUAUUGCGCCUUGCUAUACAUCGUUCCACCAUGCAAGUUGAAGUCAACCCCAACGAAGAUACAGAAUGGAACGAUAUUCUCCGCAAACACGGAAUUAUCCCGGAGAAGCCUCAGGACCCUGAACCUCUCAUUCAAGAAGCUCUUGUUGAAGCGGAGCGCAAAGCCUACGAGAAUCGACUAGAAGAUAAGGAUUUAGACGAACUAGACGAGCUUGAGGACGAAGAGGAUGAAGAGUUCCUUGAACAAUACAGAAAGCAACGUCUUGCCGAGCUCUCCACGCUCCAGAAAACCAGUCUAUACAACCAAGUCUACCCUCUGCAGAAAGUCGACUACGCAAGAGAGGUGACUGAGGCAUCUAAUAACGCCUUUGUACUUGUGCAUCUGUCCUCAUCAACGAGCGGCAAUGUUGAGUCGCAGCGCUUGACGGAGCUAUGGCGGCAGUUGGCUACUAAGUUUGGCGACAUCAAGUUCUGCGAGAUUCGCGGCAAUAUGUGCAUUGAAGGGUAUCCGGAUAGAAACACCCCGACAAUCUUAGUGUAUAAGGAUGGUGAGAUAAGAAGACAGCUCGUAACACUAAAGGAACUUAAGGGUCCUCGGACGACGAUCGAAGAUCUCGAAAGAAUGCUCCUAGACUUAGGCGCCCUCAAGGAGAGUGAUGUACGUUUGAAGAAGCGAUCUGACGACUCAGAUGACAAUCGUCCAUCGAAGAUAAAGCAGUCCCGGGUAGAAGACGAUGAUGACGACUGGGACUAAAAGCUACUAUAAUACUACUGCAACAGUAGAAUGACAUGAUCACCUCAUCGCUCAUGCGUGAUGCUUCUCCUUAAUGCGCAGCAUCUCUGUGCAUCCUAUUAUCUUCCUUAUCAAUCAACCCACAUCUGGCAUGUACUGUUAUUUGUAUUGUUAAUAGUUCCUAAGCAGCUAAGUGGUCCUGGAGACCUAUUAUUUGUACUAACAAUCAUUCCCGAGCCUUACUUCCAUUGUUCAUGCAUUGGAGUGGACGAUCCGAGAUCGAAGAUGGAUGUCGACCAAUUUCCAGAAUUGUCGACAUAACAGGUACAGCAUGGCAUCGAUUCUGUUCUGAUACACACGAUCCACGGGGUCAAGUAGAAGGUUAAAUGAAGUUGAAAAUAUAGCUUUCAGAUUAUUCGCGAUAGUCUGAACCUUAUUUAUCUAUUUUGUGUUGAAACGUACGGAGUAGAACUGAGAGGUAUAAGAUAUUCCAGGAAAGAAAAUGUGGAGAAAGG